CGAGGAUACGAUUGGACCGUUGCUCCAGACCAUUAUCACCACCAAGAUUGAAUCGACAAACACACAUCGUCAAUUGAGUAUGGCCUCACUUCCGAUACGCUAUUGUUAGUUGCUGUGCUAAUUGAUACAGGCCAUCAUGUCUGCUGCUCCUCUCUUCUGGCAAACUCCCCUCAAGUACUGCCGCUGGGCAGCCCGCGAGCGUCCCGCCCUCUUCUGGUCCGUCAUCAUCGGCGCAGCAGGCCCCGUCGCCAUGCCAAUUGUUCCUCCGAUCCGACACUACUUCGGCGAUAUCGAUGCUCCCCCCGUUCCCGUGACCUAUCCCAUCCCCUCUGGUCCCAGGAAACAGCUCACCGGCUACGACGAUUAAGCAUUCGAAUUGAACGACGAAGGAAAUAUCACGGCUCCGAGGAGCAUAUCUUUGUACAAACUACGGCGUUUCCCGAUGCGAGAGAGAGAAGGGAUAUCAUAGAGGAAGAAUAGGGACGAGAAGAUCCAGCAGCAAUUGACGCUUCAAUUCGAUUUUUCUACAAUCAAUCUAUCCGCCGAUUGUCUACAUUUCGAUACCUAUAUAUGUGUGUUGUGCGUGAGGAUGUGCGCGAGUCGUUGAUUUUCUAAACAUGCGUAUAAACAUGAAGCAGGAAACGCCGCAGCGAUGUGCAAGAAGCCCAGAAAACAGAAUACUCUCCUUCUCUUUAGUCAUACGAGGCUAUGUCGGUGGUCAUAUCGAACUGAUGUCCGAUUCGGUAGGGAAAGACUCUAUCUCUCCCUGUUUAGUAGAUUCCAUUCGUACUAGAACUGUUAGUUUUGGGGAACAUCGUUGAGGGAGGGGGGACACUUACAACUCGACCGUCAUCAUCUCCUGUGUAAACACAUGUUGGCAUUGGACUUAUGCACGUUAUGCCUGCCUCUGUGUUGGCACCUUUGUCGUUCUUAUAGUCAACGUGGUCAAGCUUUCUGAGGAGCUCAAGUGUCCAUCGACUGCCCACGAUGCUGCGUCGCCAGACGUUGACCCUGCCGCGCUUGUGGCCUGUGAAGAUCAAGUAGUUGUCAAGCCACUCGUUGCCAGCACCUUCGUAAAAGGCACAUGAGUGGAUAUAGUCAUCCUGCUCGAAACAGACGUUCUGUUCCAGAAGGAGUGUGCCGUUGAGUGUGUAGAGUAUCACAUUGGGUCCAGAGCAGAGAAGAAUCUCGCCCGAAAUGUCGUUGAUACGUGCACAUUCGACAGGUCGCACCAACGGCAGCUUGCGAAUGAAUGACAAUCUGUUCAGAUCCCACAAGAAUGCUUGCCCGUCUGCAGAAACAGUCAAGAGUGUGCUGAACGCUUUGCUGACUGCAAUCGUCGUGACAGGUGACUUGUGGCCAAAGAGAUUAGACCUCGGCAGUAACUCAACUGGCUU